ACACGACGUCACUUCCGCUUGGUUCAGGCGGGCUGGAUGAAAACACACCGUGCAAAAAAGGGGCAGCUUAUCACAAUACUUGCAUUAUUUUGAUAGGUAUGCGAUCAAGUCUAUUUAUACAGUCUAUCAAUCAGGUAGGCUAAAGUAAAUACAUUAUUCCAGGACCUAUAUGAUGCAGGUAUCUAAAGUGUAAGCUAGUUUAGGUACCGUUGGUGUCAACGUUACAGCUAGCGUACCUACCGUUGAGGUAGGAUAAGAGGUGUUCUCGUCUCUUCAUUUCACAAGCUAUGGACCGACCUGCGAGGAAAACAAAGGCUGUGAGUUACCUUGAAGCCAAUGACUUCGAUGAAGAUGAGGAUUUUGCCUGUGCAAAGGCUCCACCCAGCAAGAAGGCAAGAGAGGAUGCAAAGCAGGAGCACAAGAGAUCACUGAGCAGGUCCUCCAGUCAAGGGUCCAACUCCCAAACGUCAACUAGCCAGAAGAUCAGAAGACCUUUGGAUGAGCGUGUGCAAGAUAGAGAUCUAGAGGCAGCAAUAGCUCUGUCCUUGCUCAACAACUCAGAUGAACAGACGAACCAGUCUCCCCCAGCUACAGGAGGUGUCAUGGCUCAAGUUCCUGUAGAUGAAAACACGGAUCCAACUUUCUUACACUUCUCCAACUGCAGUGUGGAUUUAACAGCUUUAGGUCUGGAGGAAAUCACGUCAGAGAAACAAACACUUCCUCCUUCCAGGCAGAGAAAGGCUACCACAGAGGAGCUGAGGAAAAAGGCAUCUGAUGAAGAGGACGAAUAUGAGCCCACGUUGUCACCAGAGUCGCAAAGUGAUGAUGAUUUCAGUGCGCCGUCUGAGAGUGAGGAUGAGGAGUUCACUGUCAAGAAGUCCAGCAAAGCUAAAAAGCAGAAAGGGACCAAAGAGAAGACGAAACCGCCUCCUCCUGCAACUAAAAAAGAAAAACAACCAUCCAAACCAUCAAAGCCCAAACCACAAGCAGCAGCAGCUUCCACUCCGGUGAGAAGUCCUCCAGUGGCUAAACUUGCACCAAAGCGACCUGCCUCAGCAAUGGUUGUUCCCAAAUCAAAGCCUGCAGUGUCUGUGAGCCCAGCAGGGGGUAGAGUACCCAAGUGGAACCCACCAGGUCAAGUGGGUAAAAGUUCCAGCUCAUCCCAGAGUCCAUCGGGGAGAUCUCCAGCUCAGGGUCUGCGUCUGGGACUGUCUCGCAUGGUUCGCGUCAAACCUCUGCAUCCAAGUGUUACGAGUCACUGAUUGAAGGAUCCACCUGCCUGUGUGUGCACCUGUUUUUAAACCAGGUCGUUUUGUCCUUUUUAUCACACGUUUUCUAAAAAAAGGGUGAUUUUCCAUCACGACAUGACCCAUUAAAACAUGAUGUAGUUUUAUUCAAAGCUCUCUACUUACUAAUUAAUGUGUUUACCUUUAGAUUUCAUUUGUCAACACAGAAUGAAAAAGUCAACAGUCACAUGGUUAGCUGUGUUGACUUGUGUGGUUUAAGUUAGUGGAGUCAUUUACACAGGCUUUCCAGCACAGCUAUGGUGUUGGUAGACUCUCUUCUAAAUUCACAUCACAAUACUAGGAUUUUUUCCCCCCUUUUUUUUAUUCUACAAUUUUGUAACUUUUCACUUUUUUUUCUGUUGAGAGUCCAGACUGUAUAUUAUGUACAUACAAAAUAAAAUUUAAAGCCUUUUUAA